AUGACGAGUGAUUCAGUCGCUAAACAAACGUCAGCGUGCGCGGUUUAGAUCUUGGCCAAGUGACCGCGCGCUCAAUUAAACUUCGGGACUGAGCGGAUCGUUUCUGAUCGAUUCUCCGAGCUGGCAAACACACAAAAUUCCUAGCUUUGUGUGUGUGUAUAAAAGGACAACGACGGAGCAGCCAUAGGGGAAUGAGAGCAGACAAGAGCGGAGUGCAAGCAACACACCCACACACGCAGCGAAGAUGCCGCGCAAGCUACUUAAAUUCCUGAUCAUCUUCGACAACACCUCCCUGCUGUACUUCCCCGGCCAGUUCCUGUCCGGACGGGUGCUCAUCGAGCUACAGGAUGAGACGCCUGCGCUGGGACUGCACUUCCAUGUGGUGGGGGAGGGCGUGGUUCGAAAUGGUCGCCGGCAGGAGCGGACAUACGACAAGGAGAACUACAUUGACUUUCGCAUGCGACUGCUCGGCGAUGUGGACCAAGGCGGUCCAGCCAUACUCUCACCGGGCAUACACAGCUUCCCGUUCAAGCUAGGCCUGCCCUUGGGCCUGCCAUCGACGUUCCUGGGCCGAUACGGCUGGAUACAGUUCUACUGCAAGGCGGCGCUGCGCGAGAACAACGGCAUCAUACACAAGAACCAUCAGGUGUUCAUAGUGAUGAAUCCCAUUGAUCUGAACCUAGAGAAACCGAUUUUAGCACAACCAUUCACCUGCGAGGUUGAGCACAAGCUCGGCGUCGUCUGCGUGGGUGGAGGUCAGAUUAAGUGCCGCGUGUCCCUGGAUCGAGGUGGCUAUGUGCCGGGGGAGAACAUUCUGGUCACAGCCUUCAUCUCGAACUACAGCAAUGUGUCCAUUAAGCGCACCAAGGCAUCGCUCACAGAGACAAUCGAGUACUUGGCGCGCGGCAAGGUGCUGCAGACGGAGAAGCGGGAGCUGGCCGUUCUGGUGCGCGGAAAGAUACGUCCGGGUGCGAAGGAUGAGUGGCAUAACGAGAGCUUGUAUGUGCCACCGCUGCCGCCGACUAACUUGCACGGCUGUCACUUGAUCAAAAUAUCUUACGAUGUUUUCUUUGUGAUCGAGCCAAAGUCGAUGGAGAAGGAGAUCAAGCUGCAGCUGCCCAUUGUGCUGGCGACCUAUCCAUUCCGGAACAACUCCGGCGAUGCAGCCAAUGCGAACACGUGGCCAGAAUCGGUGCUAAAGCCGGACACGCACACGCAUUACCCCUCAACGUUGCCAAUAUUUAGGCCAUGGAUGCACGAAAAACCCAGUGAAGCAUAGCAAGCAGCACACACACACAUUCACAGUUAUUGUUAACAACAAAUUGAGCCAUAAAACUAAUUUAAACCUA